CGUCCUGCUGUCGAGCCCCAGCUGCAGUUCUUCUGAGCCCGGCGAGCGGCGCAGAGCCCUGUGCCCGAGGAGCGGCCCGGGCUGGCGGCCGCGCUGGCUACAGCGGACGGCGCUGCAGGGCGAGAGAUGAUGGCUUGACAGUCCCCUGGUGGGGGUCCGCAGGCCAUGUUCUCCCCGUGCGACGCUGACUGUGACAUCGCUGAUUGGCUGGCCACCAUCCAUUUGGAGAGAUACCAGGAAACCUUUAAGCAGCAUGGGUACCAAGUGGCCAGAGAUGCUGUCUCCCUGGGUAACGAGGACCUGCAGCGGAUCGGCAUCACUGCCACUGGGCACCGCAAAAGGAUCCUGAGUCUGGUGCAGCAGACGCAGCUGUUGGUGCAAGACAAAGGCAGGCCCAUGGCCAGAGAUGCCUGUGCCAAGCCUGGCACAUGUACAGAGCCCCUGGAUGUGCCCAGAGUGUGCCAAGCAGGCACGGAGAACAAUGGUACAAGUACUGCUAAUGGAGCCCCAGUAGCAGCCAUUGAUGGGCUUGGGAACCACCAGUGCUCAGCUGGCCCCAGCCAAAACCCAUCUCUGGAGAGGGAGCCUGCUCCACCCGUUGCCAAGCCGGUACCCAAGCCCAGGACGUUCUUUCAACGCCCUAGCCGAGCAGUGAGGCCAGAGCAGGGCCUGGUGCCCACGCCGCUGGCACGGACAUCGGUGCCAACACGCAAACCUGGCUGUGAGGGGCCUUCUGCUGCUUUUGUUGUACACGAGGGGUUUGUGCCAGGGGAAAGCUCCAUGGAUCUUGGGCACUCGGAGUUCACCCUGGAGCAGCAGGCCGGCUCAGGAGAGAGAGGCUUAGCAGGCCCUCAGGCACCCCAGCCUGUGGGUAGGGAGAGUGCUCUGGAGCCUACGCCAGCACCACGGGCUGGGGUGGCUGAAGUGGGUUUGGAUGAUGUGGAGAUCCAGGCUGGGUGUGGAAAAUCCUCCUCUUCCAUCCCCGGUGUCUCUCCAUGCCUCGGCCAUGGGAUCCAGCCAGCUGAUUGCAGCCCUGCAAGCCCAGGGAUGAGCCACUCGCUGUGCAGCUUCCCACGGUCUGCUCCAACCAGCCCUGCUGCCAGCACGCAAAGAGAGCCUUCGCCAGCCCCGGGCGCCCCCUCCCAGCCAGCCUCUGCAUGGGGCAGGAUGGAGAUGGUUUCCAAUAUCAUUUAUGAGGGACUGGAGCCCCCUUCGCAACCAGCUGGGUGUUCAGGGGAUGAGGAGCCUGCGAGGAACCGACCUACCCCACGGCCACUGGACUCAGCCACGCAGCAAGGGACCACACCAGCAGAGAAGCCUGACUCUCCCAGAUGGCCCAGCCUGGACCUGCCCCCCAUCCCACAGAGGCCAGAGCCUGCCGAGGAGCCCAUCAGUCCCUACUGUGAGGCCGUGUUUGGACGUGGGCUCCCUACCUGGGAGCAGAAGAGCACAGGGACCCCCGCUGUGCCAGGCUGUGAAGCGGUGCCAGAGCACUUCCCAGAGCUGAAGAGAGAGAGGCCCAGGACCAGCAGCGAGUGCAGCAGUGAGGGAACGGCAGAGGAGCAUGAGAGCCGGGCCCAACGGAUCAACUGGAUCCUCCAGAACAACACGAAGGACUAUGCCAUGGUGGAGGCUCCUCAGGCCGAGGGCUCCCAGUUCAGCCUUCCAUCUCACCUCUACCCAGACGAGGUCCUGGAUGACUUGACCAUCUCCCCAUAUGCCAGCUACACCUUGCUGUCUGAGCGCCCACCCACUGUGCUCAGCGGCUGGCUGGACAAGCUCUCCCCGCAGGGGAAUUACGUUUUCCAGAGGCGCUUCAUCAGAUUCGACGGGAAAAACCUCAUGUACUUCCACAGCGAGAAGGAGCCAUAUCCCAAGGGUGUGAUCCCGCUCUCUGUCAUUGAGAUGGCACGCGCCACCAAAGAGAACAAGUUCCAGGUCGUCACAAGCCACAGGAUCUUUGUCUUCAGAGCCGAGAAUGAAGCUCAGAGGAACGAGUGGUGCUCCACCCUGCAGAGAAAGGUGGCAGAGCAGCGGUUGGUCAGCCCCCAGCCCCGCCUGGCCAGCAGCACUCACUGCCAGAAGUGUGGCACCCUGGAGCUCAAGGGCCACAAGUCCAAGCUGUUUGCAGCUCUCAGCCUGGCCAACAUGUGGCUGUACAAGAGUGAGCAGUUCUUUAAAAUGGGCAUUGCCAUCUGCCUGAUAGAGCUCCACGGCGCCACCAUCCGGGAGGCCAAGAACCGUAGCUUCGAGCUCAUCAGCCCACUCAAGAUCUUCAGCUUUGUGGCCGAGUCAGAGCGGGAGAAACGGGAGUGGAUGGAGGCCCUGCAGGAUGCCAUUGCAGAGAUGCUGUAUGACUACGAGGUGGCUGAGAAAAUCUGGUCCAACAAAGCCAACAAGUUCUGUGCUGACUGCAGAGCCCUGAGCCCCGACUGGGCAUCCAUCAACCUGUGCGUAGUGAUCUGCAAGCAGUGUGCAGGUCAGCACCGGAGCCUGGGCUCCAGCGUGUCUAAGGUGCAGAGCCUGAAGCUCGACACCAGCGUCUGGAGCAAUGAGAUUGUCCAGCUGUUCAUCAUGCUGGGAAACGAGCGAGCAAACCGGUUCUGGGCCGCGUGCCUCCCGCCCUCUGAGGCCCUCUACCCAGACGCCAGCAUGGAGCAGAGACAGGUCUUCAUCACUCACAAAUACCGCGACGGGCGGUACCGCCGCCCGCACCCCCGCUACCCUUCCCAGGAUGACGUGCUGCAGGCGCUCUGUGCUGCUGUGGCAGGGCCCGGCCUGCUGAAGACGAUCCUGCAUUUCUUCUCUGCCACUGAAGCCGGGAUGGCAGCUGACACAGGGGGCUGCGACGGGUCGCAGGGAACCGAGCUCUGGCGGACCCCUGAGAGCAGCUGGCAUGGGAACCAUCCAGGGAGCCCCAGCGCGCAGGAGCCAAGUCUGGAAGGGGUCUACAAUGAGAUCACCCAGCCCGUGGUGCAUAGUGGCUACCUCUACAAGGCACCAGCCCUCUCCAAGCUCUCCGGCACCAGGAAGAGCAGAGAUGAACUGCACCGCGUCUGGUGCUCCCUGGAGAAGUCUCUCCUCUUCUAUGAGACUGACAAAUGUGCUGAGUCAGUGGGGAAGGUUGAGCUGGCUGACAUGGUCUCGCUGAGCGUGAGCAGAGCAGAUGAACUGGCCAGUCCUGGACCUCCGGACAGGUUUCGCUUCGCUUUGGAGCUCUUCCUGAGCGGUGACAAAGUGCAGCAGCUGGGAGCUGAUGGGCCAGACACCCUGCAGGCCUGGGCCAGCGCCAUCGGCAAGUGGUUCACACCGCUCAGCUGUCACUGCCUGCUGGGCUACGAGUUCCAGAGAGUGGGGCGGUUGCACUACAGAUCCAUGCUCAGUCCUGAGCAGUGGCUGCAGGGCUUCUUCAUUCUGCAAAAAGCCCACCUGUUCUUCUGCCCAGGGGAGGAGGGCGCAGCCGAGGACAGCAUCAACCUCCGGAGGCUGCAGGAGCUCAGUGUGGUGCCCCUCACUGAGACUCCUGAGAAGAAGGAGGUGCUGAUCCUGGUGGAGAUGGGGAGGACCUUUUACCUGCAGGGGGUGUCGCGGAUGGACUUUGCAGCAUGGUGCACGGACAUCCAGGCCUCGGCAGGGGGACGGGGCAACGCCCUGCGCGACCAGCAGCUCAGCAGGAGCGACAUCCCCAUCCUCGUGGACAGCUGCAUUGCCUUCAUCACCCAAUACGGGCUGCGACAUGAAGGCAUUUACCGGAAGAAUGGGGCCAAGUCCCGGAUCAAGGUGCUGAUGGAGCAGUUCCGCAGGGAUGCCCGCAACGUCAAGCUGCGCAUCAGUGACAACUUCAUCGAGGAUGUGACCGACGUGCUGAAGAGAUUCUUCCGGGAGCUCGAGGACCCUGUCUUCACCUCGGAGCUGCACCCCCAGUGGAAGGAGGCUUCGGCAAUAGCCCUGAAGUCCCAACGGCUGGAGCGCUACAAGGAGUUGAUCAACCGCCUGCCCCGCCUCAACCGCAGGACACUGGCUGCUCUGAUUGGUCACCUCUACCGCGUGCAGAAAUGUGCUGACUUCAAUCAGAUGAACACCAAGAACCUGUCACUGCUCUUUGCUCCCAGCCUUUUCCAGACAGAUGGCAAAGGGGAUGAGGUCAAGGUGAUGGAGGACCUGAUUGACAACUACGUCCGCAUUUUCAACAUUGACGAGGACCAGGUGUCGCAGAUGGAUCUAGAGAACAGCCUCAUCACCACCUGGAGGGAUGUGCAGCUCUCACAGGCUGGAGAUCUCAUCAUUGAGGUUUACCUGGAGCAGAAGCUGCCCGACUGCUGUGUCACCCUGAAGGUGUCGCCUACCAUGACGGCGGAGGAGCUGACCAAUCAGGUACUGGAGAUGCGCAACGUGUCAGCGAGCCUGGACAUCUGGCUGACCUUCGAGGCCCUGGAGAAUGGGGAGCUGGAGCGCCCCCUACACCCCAAGGAGAAGGUCCUGGAGCAGGCUCUGCAGUGGUGUAAGCUGCCUGAGCCCAGUACCGCCUACCUGUUGGUGAGGAAGGUUCCCAUUGGAGAAGGCAGCUGUCUCUUCACAGGUGCCAAGCGCAAGAGCCCCAAGUGUGGGGUGCUGAAGUGUCGGGAGGAGCCCCCCAAACUCCUGGGCUGCAAGUUUCAGGAGCGAUACUUCGUCAUCCAGGAUCACAAGCUGCUGCUGCUGAAGGAGAAAAGGAGUGCCCGGCCGGAGCGGGAGUGGCCCCUCGACAUGGCCAAGGUUUACAUGGGGAUUCGGAAGAAGCUGAAGCCGCCGUCCCAGUGGGGAUUCACUCUGAUCCUGGACAAGCAGCAGCUGUACCUGGCGUGCACGGGGCAGGCCGAGCUGUGGGACUGGACCACAAGCAUUCUGAAGGCUCAGCACGACGACCUGCGCCCAGUGAUCAUGCGGCGGCGCUCCUCCUCUGACCUCACCAAGCAGAAGUUUGGCACCAUGCCCCUGAUCCCUCUGCGGGGAGACAAUACAGAUGCCACCAUGCUCUCUGCCAACCAGACCCUGCGCCGCCUGCAUACGCGAAGGACUUUGUCUAUGUUCUUUCCCAUGAAGCUGCACCAGGACUCGGUAGAGGAGCAGCAGGAGGAGGCAGCGGACACGGAGCCUGUCUACGAGGAGGUGGGCGACUUCCCAGUGCUGGCCCCGCUGGGGCUGGACGGAGGCCUCCUGGCCGAGCUCUCCCAGGUGCCCGCCGUGGACAGAUCCAAGAAGCCGGUCCUGUUCCCAGAGCAGCCUGCGCCCCCAGCACUUCACUCCGCCCAGCCCAUCAGCCCAGAGCAGAGAGGGUCUGGUGCCCACUUCACCAAGUCACUUUCCCUUGAAAGGGGCCUGACCCUGGAGCCUGAAAAGGCCCCGGAGUGGGACAGGUCCCCUGGGCUCAGAGCCACCCAAACAGCCUCGCUCGAGAGAAACAUGGAGCUGCCCCGCACGCUGCCUGCUGUGGGGAGGGAGCAGAACUGGACUCGGAACCAGCACGCUGCGCUGCUGCCCCUUCCCCUGGAGCUGUCUCCCAGCCCCGAGCCCCUGCAGGAUGGUGCCAGGAAGAGGAGUGCCCAGCUGCCAUCACCCAUGAAUGAGAAACUCAUGCAGGAACUCAGCAGCAUCAUCCUCAAGAAGAACGAGUGCCAGGCAGACGGGCCUGAGCAGCAGGUCACGUGACCUUGCGUGUCAGGGACAGCCACAGAUUCCAUCCUGUGAUACCUGAGCCCUCUCUGGACACUCCUGCCUCACUCCCCACCUGGUAUUCCCAGGGCUGACUGCUGUGCCCCCGCCUCCCCCAACCCUGAGGAGCCGAGCGAGCCACCCCGGGAUGGGACACAGCAUUCAAGCCUCCAGCCCUGUGUAACGAUGCUGCCUUUCGUGGGACACUGCUGAGAGUACCAAUUCAGGACAAACUGCUUAGAGCAGGGCAGUUACAGCCCAAGGCUGGGGUUUCUCCACUUUUAAGGCACACCAAACCAGCCAGACAGAGAGGACUUUGGUUUUACCCCACUGGCUAACCACAAGUCACACAAGCAAUUCCCUUAGACACUCCAGUUUCCCAGUAUCACCACCAGUGCCACUCGUUAUAGGGAUGAAUGGUUAUGAAAACCAGUACCCCAGUAAAAGAAAAAAGGUUCUGUCGAUUCCAAAAGACCAAGCCCCAGACCCCUGUCAAUAUACAAAUCAGAUCUUACCCACAAAUCACGCUGUUGCCGGUCCUUUAGAAUCUAAAAUCUAAAGGUUUAUUUAUAAAAGGAAAAAGAUAUAGAUGAGAGCUAGAAUUAGUUAAAUGAAAUCAAUUACAUACAGUCAUGGCAAAGUUCUUGAGUCAGGCUUGUAGCCGUGAUGGAAUAAACUGCAGGUUCAAAUCAAGUCUCUGGAGUGCAUCCACAGCUGGGAUGGGUCAUUCAGUCCUUUGUUCAGAGCUUUGGUUUGUAGCAAGGUUCCUCCAGAGGUCAGAAGCAGGACUGAAGAGAAGAUGGAGAGGUUUUCAGGGCCUUUUAUAUUCUCUGCCCGUGGAAGGACACCCCUUUGUUUUUACUGUGGAAAAUCACAGCAGCAAGAUGGAGUCUGGAGUCACAUGGGCAAGUCACAUGUCCAUGCAUGACUCAGUUUGCAGGCUGAUGCCAUUGCUUACACGUUAGUUUGAACGUUCCCAGGAAAGCUCAGAUGUGGAUUAGCAUCUCCCAAAGUCCAUAUACUUAUAACUUGAACUACAAAAAUGAUACACGCAUACAGACAGCGUAAUCAUAACCAGCAAAUCAUAACCUGGACAUAGACACCUCACUCGACAACCUUUAUACAAUAUUUGGUGCCAUAUCAUGUACAAUAUCAGGAUCUUGGUUGCAACAAUGGUCUACACGGUCACAGUUUGUGUCAAUAACAUCACAAACUGCCCUCCCAGGGUUCCUCCAGCUCUCCUGCCUAGGCCAGGUGGUGUCAGCUAAAGGCAGCAAGGGGGACAUCUCCAGGUGCUUGUUAGUGGGAUACAGAAGUCAGCUCUGCCCCUUGAGCACUGAGUCAGAGCAGUGUCUGCCACCAGAGCACUGCACCCACCGCAGGGGGACAUGCCGGCUCCGAUACCCCCACAGGAGGGCACGGGACUGGAGUCUGCCCUGGGUCACGGGCAGGGCAACUGAGGCGGGAGGAGGAGAUUGUGCCUGAGCCCAGCUCUGCAAAGCAAAGGGAAGUCACUGAGAAGGGAAAAGCAGAAACUAAAUUACAGGAACGAGGCGAAUUUUUGCAGACUUGUAUUGUGCCUGGGUGUCUGCGUGGGAGGUGUGUGUGUCUUUCUGUCUGGGUGGCUCCAGUGUGUAUUACAUCUGCGUGGGAGGUGUGUGCGGUGGCUGUGUGUGGUUCCUGUGGCACAGUGCCUGUGCCGGCUGUGCAGGACGUGUGCAAUGACUGUGUGUGGUUCCUGUGGCACAGUGCAUGUGCCCACUGUGCGGCAGGUGUGCAAUGGUUGUGUGUGGUUCGAGUGUGCACAAUACCUGUGCUGGCUGUGUGGGAGGUGUGCGAUGGCUGUUUAUGGUUCCCAUGUGCGUGAUGCCUACGUGUCAUGUAGUUUCCUGCACUGAGGGAUUGACCUCCCCUGGUAUGAGGGGUCCAGAACUGGAGGGGAGAUGAAAGAAGAUCCCAAUUCUUGCUGCGUAGCUAGAGCCCAGGUCUGGCGGGUGGAGGCAGUGCUCCUCGGAAGGGCCCAGCAGCGUUGGGGCCUCUGUUACCAGAUGUGCCCAUUACUUUGGGGUAGGCUCAUUUAUUAGGGUUACUCUUCGGGGGAGGGGAUUCUGUAAUUCUAUUAAUGUACUGCUUAUGUCACUUGUGUGUUCAUAUGGAGCUCUACUCCUUCCUUCUGCAAGUCCCCUUCCAAUGCAGCUAUCCUACAGAACCUAGGUUCCCCAGGACUGGGUUCUUCUAGCCCUAGAACCAGAUGAACACGCAUGCACACACACCCAGACUAACAGAGCAAGUCUGAGCGGACCGGGUCAAUCAGCACUCUCAAGCUGACCCCCUUACAUGUCCCUGUACUCAAUGGGCUGGGUCAAGCAGCACUUUCAAGCUGUCAUCCUUAUGUGCCCCUGGUCUCAAUAGGCUGGGCAAAGCAGCACUUUCAGGUGCCACCCUUAUGUGCCACAGGUUUAACAUGUCUCUGUCCCUACUUUCACAUCACAAUUGUACUGGUAGUAACCCACUUGAUGAGCAAACCUCACAGUAUUUUGGGCACUGCAGGGAUCUUUAGGUAAAACAAGUGUUGCUGCAGAGUAAAUGGGGGAAGCUAAAAACACAAGAGUAAAGUUCAGAGAGAAAGAGAGAGAAGCAACCAACUUAACCAUAAAAGUUAUUUAUUGAAUAAUAGUGAUAACUACACAAGGAGAACCUAAACCAACAUAACAGUUACAUUAUUAAAGGUUAAUACCUGAGGUAGAAAAGGAAACAGAGAGAAGGGAGGGAGGGACCACACCCACUCCACAGAGCUUUAACUGGUCGGGGUUCCCAGGUGAUGGUGGUAGCUCAGGGUCCUGAGUGCUGGAGAUAGGCAGAGCCCCCAGCACGAUCAGUCAGGGGAUGGAAUCCCAGUGAAACUGAUACAGAGUUUGGGUCCAUGCAUCAGAACACUUACUUGGGCAUAGGUAAGGGUUUUUGUAGAGAAAAUACAAUGGUUCAAGGGAGAACACUAGAUUUGUUUAUGGGUAAACUGAUGACGCAAGGGUUUUCUUUAGGCUAGAUAAUAGGAGCUGAUCACUCUUGGCUAUGGGUGGUGUUUUCUUCCAGGGAGCUCACAGUGCAGCUAGGCUGCUUCAGUAUUUUGGAUAUCAAUCAAGGAUUCAUUACUAGAAUUGGUCUGAUAACUGCUGAGCUGGGUGUGUGCAGGCAUAGGUUCAUUAAUAUCUGGAGCAGAGAUUCCCCCAUGAUGCAGUGCUUCCCUGCUUUUCUGGUCCCAGAGUUCAGUGUGGUUCUCUGUUCUCCAUUCUGUAUGCAAAUGGGGAUGUCUCCCUGUUCCAUCUUUCAUGCAGAUGAGGCUAGGGGUGUUGUCCCUGUUCUUUAUUUUGAAUGCUAAUGGAGAUGUCUUAAUCUUGUCACCCUUGUCAGGAGGGGUCUGGGUGUGUCUCCCAAUGCCUUUCACUGCUCUCUGUAAGCCUUUUCUCUGAUCGGUUUUGGUUCAAGCAGAGACUGGUGUGUGGGGGUGUCUUUCAUGAGUCAGACAGGCUGGAUACUGCACCCUGGUUCCCCAAGAACACAGAGCUGAUUGGUAUCACCUCUUCUGAGAAGAGGGGCUCGAGGAGGAAUUAGGGGCAGUAGCCAAGGUGAGAGAGCAGCCAGGCAGUGAAGAGUCCUCCCUGCUGACCUGUGCUAUGCCAUGGCCCAGCACAACUCUGCAUGUGUCUAUAGUGUCAGUAUAGACUGUGUACAUGCUGCCCGGGGCAGGACCAGGCUGGAGGAUGGACCCCCAGGUCCUGUUCCUGGAUAUUUAUACUCAUUCCCUACACCUGCAGUGCAAAUAAAAACUCUUUUUGCA